AUGGGGAACCAAGUGGAGAAACUGACCCACCUAAACUACAAGGAAGUUCCUACAGCCGACCCGACGGGCGUGGACCGAGAUGAGGGUCCGAGGAUCGGGGUCUCCUACAUCUUUUCGAACGACGACGACGAACUGGAGCCGCAGCAGGAUUCGGGGGUGGCGGAUCGAGCCCGAGAGCACCCCUCUUCUCAGCCCUAUGACCCACAGCUGCACGAAGUGGAAUGUUCGGUCUAUUACCGCGACGAGUGUAUCUAUCAGAAGAGCUUUUCUGGGGAUGACACACUUCCGGUGGAGGUGGAUGGUGGCGGAGCGGGGCCCCUGGCCACCUACACCCCGGAGAACCUUUUGAACAAGUGCAAGCCGGGCGACCUGGUGGAGUUUGUCUGCCAGGCCCAGUACCCUCAUUGGGUGGUAUACGUUGGGGAUUUCCAAGUGGUCCACCUGCACAGGCUGGAAGUGGUGAACAGCUUCCUGACGGACGCCAGCCAGGGCAGGAGGGGCCGCAUCGCCAACCAGCUGUACCGUUACAAGCCGCUCAGCCCGGCCACCGUCGUGCAGAACGCCUUGGACCAGGUAGGGUGCAAGGACCGGGAUCUCAGCUGGAGGAACUCGGAGUGCUUUGCCGCCUGGUGCCGCUACGGCAAGCGGGAGUUCAAGAUCGGCGGGGAGCUCCGCAUCGGCAAGCAGCCCUACCGGCUGCAGAUCCGGCUGGGCGACAAGCGCAGCCACACGCUGGAGUUCCAGAGCCUGGAGGACCUCAUCAUGGAGAAGCGGAGGAACGACCAGAUCGGCCGGGCGGCCGUCGUCCAGGAGCUCUCCAGCCACCUCCAGGCGGCCGAGGAGGAGGAGGAUUGCCGUGACCCGGGCGACCGGACUGCUGCCGAGUAG